AAAGAAGAAGAAGAAGAAGAAGGAAAAAACAACCGCCGCGAGUUACGACCACGGUGCUUGGCUCAUUCAUCGCUUCCACAUUAAGUUUUGCCUUUUCCGUCGUUCUUGCAUUAACCUCAUAAAUAAACUGAUAUGAAGCGAGAAAGAGAGGCUGAAGUGGACGAUGAUGACGAGGAAGACAGAGUGGCAGCCAAAGUGGGCCGAGGACGUGUAACAGAAGACCGGAGAAGUCGCCACUGUCCCUACCUUGACACCAUAAAUAGGAGUGUGCUGGACUUUGACUUUGAGAAGCUCUGCUCCAUCUCUCUCUCCCACAUCAACGUCUAUGCCUGCCUUAUAUGUGGGAAAUACUUUCAAGGUAGAGGUUUGAAGUCCCAUGCCUACACUCACAGUGUGCAGUUCACCCAUCAUGUGUUCCUGAAUCUGCACACUCUUAAGUUUUACUGCCUGCCAGACAACUAUGAGAUCAUUGACUCUUCACUCGAAGACAUCACGUAUGUGCUGAAACCAACCUUUACCAAACAGCACAUUGCAGGGCUUGACAAGCAAGGUAAACUGUACCGAGCCUAUGAUGGUACGACCUACUUGCCAGGCAUUGUGGGGCUCAACAACAUCAAAGCCAACGACUAUGCCAAUGUUGUGUUACAGGCCUUUUCCAAUGUUCCACCGUUGCGAAACUACUUCUUGGAGGAGGAGAACUAUAGGGGAAUCCGCAGGCCGCCUGGGGACAUCAUGUUCCUCUUGGUGCAGAGGUUUGGUGAGCUGAUGCGCAAACUUUGGAAUCCGAGAAACUUCAAGGCUCAUGUGUCUCCACAUGAGAUGCUGCAGGCUGUGGUGCUGUGCAGCAAGAAGAACUUCCAAAUUACCAAGCAAGGAGAUGCUGUGGACUUCAUGACAUGGUUCUUGAAUGCUCUGCAUGGUGCUCUUGGAGGCACAAAGAAAAAGACAUCAAUCAUUACAAAAGCAUUUCAAGGCUCCAUGCGGAUCUUCUCUAAGAAACUCCCACACCCAGAUUUAACACCAGAGGAGAAAGAGGCCUUGCUCGUAACAGAGGAGUACCAGGAGCAGAUGUCUGAGUCCACCUUCCUGUUUCUAACUCUUGACCUCCCAACAGCUCCGCUGUACAAGGAUGAGAAGGAGCAGCUUAUUAUUCCACAGGUCCCCCUCUUCAACAUCCUGGGCAAGUUUAAUGGCAACACAGAGAAGGAGUACAAAACCUACAAAGAGAAUUUUCUCAAAAGGUUCCAGCUGCUCAAACUCCCUCCGUACCUCGUCUUUUGCAUCAAAAGAUUCACCAAGAACAACUUCUUUGUGGAAAAGAACCCCACAAUCGUCAACUUUCCCAUCACGAAUGUAGACCUUCGUGAGUACUUGACAGAAGAAGCUCAAGUAACAGAGAAAAACACAACUUACGACCUCGUUGCCAACGUAGUGCAUGAUGGGAAACCCACUGAGGGAGCGUACAGAAUACACGUUCUGCAUCAUGGAACUGGGAAGUGGUAUGAGAUGCAGGACCUCCAGGUGACUGACAUUCUCCCUCAGAUGAUUACACUAUCGGAGGCCUACAUCCAGAUCUGGAAGAGACAAGAGAGUGAGGAUGACACAAACAACCACACGGGGGUGUAAGUGGGACACCAUUUCCUUCAGUGUGAAUGGCCAGAAGGCUUGUCACUAUUUUGGAAAUGAACUGGAUAUUUGAGAAAAAUAACAAAAUAUUGAAAUGAGUGGCAAAAGAGCAUCAAGACACACAAAUAAAUGUAAAUGUCUCCAGUGUUUUUCACAGUUUUAUGUUUUUACAAUGUGGAAGUUUCGAAAUAAACAAACUCCAGGACA